UCUCCUCUUCUCCUUCUAGUCUAUCACUAUCGCUAGUCGGACUCCCUUAUACUCUCAAACCCAGCCUCCCUUCGAUCUAAGCGCCGACCAGAUCUGCAAGCGGACUGAGCACCAGUAGCUUCGUCCUCCACAUCGGCACUUUCAAGCCACCCAUGCGGCAGUGUGCUUGAUCGAUUGUUCCCUUUGCUAUUCUACCACAUACACAACCCAUCGUCAGUCUACGACUGCGAAGCCGUUUCGUCAUGGCUACCAAUGCCUCGGUCGUCUUCGACCUUCCGCCUCUUCCGACCUAUACCCUGACUCCGCGUCCUCCACUUCUCGACCCCAUUCCGGACAACCUCCUCGCCCUCAUGCUUCCCAUCAUUGCCUACUGGGCUCUGUCGAUGGUCUAUCACUACAUCGAUGUCAACGACUACUUCCCGCAAUACCGUCUUCACACACCCGCGGAAGUAUUGAAGCGGAAUCAUGUCACGCGCUGGGAGGUGGUGAGGGAUGUCAUUCUUCAGCAAGUCAUUCAAACCAUGGCCGGUCUAGCUGUCGCAUAUUUCGAUGACCCGGAGUACUUGGGCAAGGAUGAAUACAAUGUUGCGGUUUGGGCUCGUCGACUUCGCCUGGCGCAGAAGGCUCUCCCUCAGCUGCUGGCCCUGGUCGGGAUCGACGCAUUGGGUCUUAGCAAGAACCUGUCGCAGAAUGGCUGGUCAAUGCUGGGAGGAGCCGUAGCCGGUGGGCGCUACCCGGGAUGCACUCAGUCGAUGAUUUUGGACAGCGGAGUGGAAGCCGUGGUUCCGGCUUUCACCAACUGGGAGCUGUCAGCGGCUAGUGCCCUCUACUGGUACCUCAUCCCUGCCUUGCAAUUCGUGUGGGCCGUCUGUGUCGUCGACACCUGGCAGUAUUUCCUGCACCGCGCCAUGCACAUGAACCGCUGGCUCUAUGUGACCUUCCAUUCCCGCCACCAUCGCUUGUAUGUUCCGUAUGCGUUCGGAGCUCUGUACAACCACCCCGUCGAAGGUUUUCUGCUUGAUACGGCUGGCACUGGGGUUGCAUUCCUCACGGCUGGCAUGAGCAACCGUCAGGGCAUGUGGUUCUUCACUUUUUCCACCAUCAAAACCGUGGAUGAUCACUGCGGCUACGCUUUUCCUUGGGACCCAUUGCAGCACUUUACCUCCAACAACGCGGCCUACCAUGAUAUCCACCACCAAAGCUGGGGCAUCAAAACCAACUUCUCGCAGCCCUUCUUUACCAUCUGGGAUCGUUUCUUCAAAACUCGGUGGGAAGGUGAGGUCAAGCUCCGCUAUGAGCGGUCCCGCGAAGCUGCCCAGAAGAAGGUGGAUAACGAAGCUGCCGGCAUCGCCAACGAAAGCAGCGACCCGACCUCUUCCGGGACCUCAACUCCCACGCUCGGCCGGGCAUCCGAUGAAUCGACCUCGCGUCCCCGACGAAGAAAAACUGUGACCCUCUCACCCCACGUCGAUGGGUUCAAGGGAGUGAGUCACGGGGUCGCCAGCAGCGUCCUCUAAAUCCAAGGCGGCCGUUGCCCUCUUGUGCCGUCUCCUAACCAUUGCGGAUAUCGCUGUUUACUCUUCGCUACCUUGACCUUGUCUCAUGCUGUAUUAAUAUCCUUUUCGGCCUCGCGGAUCCCAUGACUAUGACUGUACCAUGGUUUCAUCACUUCUUGCUCAGUACGACAUUGGACUGCCACUGGACUACCACG